GAACAACCCGCUUUUCGGCUAAUGAGAGUGUGGGGCGAUUUGCGAAUUGAAAGCACUCGUGUUAAUGUGGAUAUUUUGAUCAUAAUAUUGGCUGGUGGAGAGGUUGACAGCUACACGUGUGGCUGAAGUGCCUGGCAGCCUGGACAAUCUGACAGACAAGUCAGAAUUGGUAGUUCCUGCUGUUCAAAGAAGGCGCAAGUUUUAAAGUGACGCUCCUAGCAUCUGUGGUUGUUUGUCCCUAAGCCACUCAAAUAGCGUCAUGGCGUCAGCCCCAGCGCAGCAACCCGUCCUGACGGUCGAACAGGCAAGAGUGGUGCUGAGUGAGGUGAUUCAGGCCUUCUCCGUUCCGGAGAAUGCAGCGCGGAUGGACGAGGCGAGGGAGAGCGCAUGCAAUGAUAUGGGCAAGAUGCUGCAGCUGGUGCUUCCUGUCGCCACCCAGAUCCAACAGGAAGUUGUGAAGGCAUAUGGCUUCAACAAUGAGGGAGAAGGUGUCUUAAAAUUUGCACGACUGGUUAAGAUGUAUGAAACCCAGGAUCCAGAGAUUGCUGCCAUGUCUGCCAAACUCAAGUCCCUCCUACUGCCCCCCAUGUCAACUCCACCCAUAGGGGGCGGGAUCACAAGCUCAUAGACACACCUGCCAAACUUUACUUUUGUUAUCAGUGUAAAUAUUAGGUGAAGUACGUCAAAGAGCUCAUUUCUAAGCAACCAUGUACAAAAAAAAAA